AUGUGCCACUUUCGGGUCUCCUCACACUGCUGCCAGGUCCAUACUGAUUCAUGGCCCCCUGCCUCUGUAUGGCCUUCAAUUUAAGCUGCUUACGCUUCGCCACUCUGCCAUGGGCCCCUGUACCGCCUCCUCUUGCUGCUGCCAGGUCCAGAGUGUGUCAUGGGUCCCUGUACGGCCUCCCAUUGCUGCUGACUUCAUCGCCAGACUCUGCCAUGUGCCACUUUCAGGUCUCCUUACACUGUUGGUGGGUUCCAUUUUUUGUGCUGAUAGGGUGCUGUAUGGCCUUCCAUUGCUGCUGCCUACACCGCCACCCUGCGCCAUGUGCCUCUGUCGUCUGCUCACGCUGCUGC